AUGAAUCCUGAACGUUGGGCGGCUGACUUGUUUGGCAAUGUCAAAGACUUUAGUCUGCAUGUGCUUGACUUUUUGCACGAAAAGGGCGCUUCUUCCAAUACACCUGCGGCUCCACCCGUUCAAUCUGUAGGGAAUCGGCUUGUUUCCCUCAUAAAUCGUAAUCGAGCUACCAUUGGUCUGGGUUCUGCUGCUAUUUCCCUUGCUGGUCUCUCCUAUUACAAGCGCUACGAUUAUGUAAAAAAGCGUCGAGCACCCCGUGCUCCCAAUCAUCAGAAAACCCAGGUGGUAGUGCUGUCAGCAUGGAACUCUUUAGCCUCCAUUGUCGCCCACGAUUUGGAUCGUCGGGGUUUUAUCGUCGUAGUUUUGGUUCGUAAUGCUUCCGAGGCUGCUACCGUCUCUUUGCAACAGCGCCCUUACAUUCAAUCGUUGAUAGUGACACAAAACGAAGCCGUUGAGCGAUUUCUAUCUUCUUUUUCGAAUCAAAAGGGUCCAACAGAAUACGCUCUUCGUCUUCGUGGCCUUGUGCUUGUUCCUACUGGAGAUUCCUUGUAUACGCCCAUUGAAGAUAUUAGUAAAGAUUCUUGGUUCCAUGCGUUCCAACAACUCGGCGAAUCAUUCGCCAAUGUUUCUCGUCUAAUUCCCGUGCUAAAGGAUCAAAAAUCCAGAAUCAUCGGAUUAUCCCAUGGAAUUCUUUCUGCUUAUGAACCUCCCAACUACGCCAUUCCUUCUAUCCUCUCUUCUUCUAUUGAAACCUUUUUGCACAUCUUGAAAAGAGAAAGCGGCCUUCGUGUUGUCUGCAUAAAGCUUGGUAAUCUCAGCUUUUUGAACUAUGAUCAUUCUGGUUCUCCUGCAGCUGGCAAGUACCCACCAACUGUUUGCACCGAACGUAAAGUGCUAAACAAAAUUUUUGAUUGCUUACUUGAUUUUUGGAGUACUCCUAACCGUCAUGUUGGGAGUCGUACCUUUUUUUUAAUUCAUCUCUCUCGUUUUCUUCCUACUUGCGUGUUGGAUGUCAUGUUUUCCUUUUUCCAUAAAACCAAACAUUUGUCCCGCGCUUUGGUAAAAUGA